CUUAUAUACUCUUUGGAAAUAACCUAUAAAUCAUAUUGGCCAUUGGGUACAUUAUUGGAGUGAGCAUUUUAUUUCAGUAUUUAUGUUAAAGGAUAAUUAGUAAAAGUUCAGUUUAAAACAAUACAACAGUCAAUUUAUGGUUGAAUAUUUUAUAUAAGCGCUAAGAUGUCGUCUCUAUUACGAUCAACUAAAUUUGUUCGAUACUUUACUGGUGCCGCAAGAACACUUAUAAUAAAUUCCUCAAAAACUGCCGAUGCCACUUUACUAAUUAAUCCUAAGGCUUUAACUACAGUCAAUAAUGUACUGUUACGAGAUUAUGCAACAAAAAAGAAUGAAAGUCUUGAGCCAUUACUCCAGAAACUUGAUUCAGAAGUAAGAAGAUUUGGCAGAAUUACGAAAAGAGAUAUUGAUGAAGUGUUUGAUGAACUGCGUGCGAGACAUGACAUCACAAGUUCACAGUCACUCUUAGUUAUUAGAUGUUGUGGUGAACUUGUACCUGAAGAAUUACCUGAACAGAGAACUCUGUUAGUGCAGAAAAUAUGGAAUGUUUUAACUGAAAGAGGUGUGCCGAUGGACGUUUCACAUUACAAUGCAUUGCUUAGAGUUUAUAUCGAAAAUGAACAUUCAUUUUCUCCUGCUAAAUUUUUGGAAGAAAUGGAGAAAAAAGGAUUACAACCAAAUAGAGUAACUUACCAACGUCUAAUGUGGCGUUACUGUCAAGACGGUGACGUAGAUGGUGCAACCAAAGUAUUGGAAAAAAUGCGAGAAGUAAAUAUGCCAGUAUCAGAACCUGUUUUAAAUGCCCUAGUUAUGGGUCACGCUUAUCACGGUGAUACUGAAGGAGCAAAAGCUGUAUUGGAAACCAUGUCUGGAGCAGGUCUAAAGCCGUCUAAUCGAACGUAUGCUUUGUUAGCUUGCGGAUAUGCGAAACAAGGUGAUAUAGCAGCUGUAGAAAGUAUUAUUGCAAAAGCGAAGGACCAAGAUAGUGAUUUGACUGAUAAGGAUUUAUUGGACAUUGUGGAACAAUUAGCUCUUGGUGGACAUGGAGACAAAGUUGAACAGAUAUUUUCCCAUUUACAUAAAUAUGUAGGGUACAAUCAAGAAGCUUGCAAUCUCAUUUUGAGACUACUUAAUAAAGGCCACGAAGAAGUAGCGAAAAACAUCUUAAAAACAAUGCCAAAGACGCUAAAUGUAGAAGACACGAUGUUUAAAGGAGCAUUUUAUGUGAAACAUUUGAUGAAAUUAAAUAAGCCGGUAGAUGCAUUAAUCCAAUCAUGUAGAGAUUUGCAAAACGAGGGUCUUAUACCAAGUGCUAUUUAUAUAGCCACAGAGGCAGCAUUAACGCAAGGACGGUCGGAAUUAGCACUAAAAUUUUUUAAGGAGCUUAAAAAAGAUGGAAUGGAAAUACGUCAACAUUUUUACUGGCCAUUAUUAGUCCAAAAAGGAAAAGAGAGAGAUGAGGAAGGUCUUUUAGAAAUAGUGCGUAAUAUGUGCAGUGAGGGAUUAGCGCCUUCUGGAGAAGCACUGAGAGAUUAUAUUAUCCCAUUCCUUAUAGAAAAAGAUACGCCACAAAACAUAAUAUUAAAACUUCAAGUCGCAAAUGUUCCAACUAUUCUUAGUGCGAGAUGUGUUAUGAUCGAACUUCUUGAAUCUGGAAACAUCAAGGCAGCAGCCGAAGUUGCUUUAAAUUAUCGCACUAGAGGCCAAUAUUCAUUAUUAUCCCGACCUCUUGUAAGCGCAUUAAAAACAACAAAAGAUAUAAAAUCCUUUGCAACUAUACUACAUGUCGCAUGUAGCAAUGCUCAGUCGCCACAAGAAGAUACUUCAAAUGACGACUUAGAAUCUGAUGAUAACGACAGCAAUGAAGUAGGACGUAUCGUUAAAAAUGCUAUUAAGGUCAUUGCAAGGGAUGGUCUAGUUGAAGAACUCUUAUCUAGACUUUUAUCCAAAGGACUGCGAAUUAGCACAAGUUCUGCUGAACAAAUAGAACAGUAUCUCGGAAAUAAUAUGACAACUGAAAUUUCAAAACUGCUUACUCAAUUAACUUCAGCUGAAUUAGAAGUAGCGCCUCUAGAAUUCGUACGCCGCAAUCAAAUACCGCGUACUGCAGCGCAAUUGGAAACUCUGUUAGAACAAGUCAUUAGCAAGGAUGGAAAUAAUGUAAAUCGUUUGAGGAAACAAGUGCUAUCUGCGUAUAUACAAGAGAAAAACGUUGAAAAGGUGAAAAGUCUUGUAGAAAAUUUCAAAACAACUGACUUUGAAUUUAACUUAUCGACGCUUGCGCAAUUGUUUGAAUUUUAUUGCGAACAUGAUGAAAUCGAUAAGGCUAAUGAUGUUAAAGCCGAAAUAGCUUCAAAAGAUACGAAUUUCAUUUUGAAUAAUUAUAAGAAAGUUUCAAUGGCUUACGCCUACGUUCGGGCAAAUCGAAUUGAUGAAGCUAUUAAAUUUUUAUAUGACAAUAAACCACAAGGUGAAACUGAAAAUACAACUUUCUUACUUAAUUCCAAAAGCUGGCAAAUGUUGAACUCGUUGGCUGAAGCGAAAAAUGAUACAGCGGUUAAAGAAAUGACGAAAGCAUUACUAGAUAAUGGUUAUUUGGUACCGAACAAUAUCCUUCUCGGACCCUCGAUCAAAGUUCAUUUACUAAAGGAUGAUGUAGAUAGUGCAUUGAAAGAAUUCGAAAAUUGUUGCAAACAAUACAGAAGUACUCCGUGGAAAGGCGAAUUAAUGAAAGCCCUUAUUAUUAGAGAAGAUGCCAACAAAUUGCAAUGGCUUGCUGACCUUAGUACACAGAUUCAUGGUGAGGUCAACAUUCUCCAUGAUUUAGUUCUAGCAUUCAUCGAGUGUGGUCGUUUGAGACAAGCGCGUCGUAUCCUAGAGACCCCUGGACUACAUACUAAACAAAAGCGACUCCAAGAUGCGUGUGAACGAUAUGUUGAUGAAGGCAAAUCUGAAUAUCUCGAAGGGUUACUUGAAGCGACUAAAGAUCUGUCUCAUAUUGAUCGCUCAAACAUUUUCUAUCAUUUGAUGGUAACAUAUUGCAAAGCAGACGAAACUGACAAAGCAUUGGGGCUUUGGACGGUACUUCAAGAAGAAGGUGAAGUACCAAGUGAUGACUUCCUACUGUAUCUUGGUAAUCAUCUAAAGUCUAAAAACAGAGACAUUCCUUUUGUAAUACCAGAAACAAGUAUAAAAGCUGAACCAGUACAAAAAUCAACAGUAACACCUAAAUCUACUGAAAAUGUCAAGAAAGAGCAAUCAAAAUUAAGUAAAAAUGAUUUGUCAAACCAAAUCGAAGAUUUAAUCAAAGAUGGAAAAGCCAAACAAGCGGCAGACUAUACUCUGAAAAAUUUAGAACUAGGUGUGAUACCUAGACCUAAUGUUCUCAAGUUUCUUUUAAAAUCAUUAGCAGAAGAUGGUAACUAUGAGAAAAUAGAGUUGAUAGGAAAAUACCUGACUGAAACAAUGAAAAAAAAUGUCACAUACGAUAAUAAAUUAACGCAAGCUAUCUUUUUGAGGGGAAAUGGAGCACAGCAUAUGGAUAAUAUUAUGAAUUCGUUAGAAAGUGCAAAAAAUGUAGAUGAAAUAGAGAAUAUUCUCAGAAAAUUUCCACGGAGUAAUGCCUUAGCCUCUGCUGUACAAAAUAGGGAAUUGGAUGCUAAAUGUCAAAAGGCAGUCGAACUGGCAGCAUCUAAAGGUUUCACUUUACCUGCUAACUUAUUGUGGAUGGAAUAUAUGUUAUUAGGAAAUGAGAAAGAAGCCAAUUCUAUAUGGCAAAAGUAUUUGACAAAUGCAAAUGUUGUUAUAUUCAGACGGUUACUUCAGGAAAGUCACUUAAGAAAGGAGCCACAAAUCAUUGAAAAACUAAUCGAUAAUUUAAAAUCAAAUACAAAUCUCCCCCUGGCAUCAAUCGGCAAUGCUUACUCUAGGUUGAUUAAUUUCUACAUUCUUGAAAACAAAAUUGAUGAAGCAAAAGCAGCUUUAAAUAGAGCUUUCGAAUGCGGCGUCACAAAGGAACACAUCAAUCAGUCUAGUAUUAAAAAUUUACAAACUGCUGGAUUGAAAAUUGACUAAUUUAUAAAGUGAAUUAUUGUUAUUAUGUAGUAAUUAUUGGGUAAAAAAUUUAAGCAAGACCAUGUAAAAAUUUGGAUGUUCUUUGUCUUAUAAAUUAAAAAAAAAGAAGAAUAAGCAUUUUUUUUUAAAUACAGAAAUAGACUGCAAAUGCCUAUAAACUUUAACAUGAUUACCAUUUUUGUGUAUAACAAUUGGGAGAAGAAUUAAGAUUGUUUAUAAACAAGUAUUGUAUGACGAAUUAGAAUUAAUUUAAAUUUAUUAAAGUAUUAGUUAAUUA